CACAAAUCUCUCCCGCAGCCGCUUAGAUGUGUGUGGGUGAGGUGCAGCUGCAGCCCCUUAUCGCCCUCACCACCCCCUCCCACACGCCCACCAUGCCGGCCCAGGCCUCCCGCAGCAUGUUGGUGUUGGUGUUGGUGCUGCUGCUGUCGAUGGUGUUGGUGGUGUUGGUGCUGGCCUUGUUGGUGUUGGGUGCGAUGGCCGGCAUGGCGGGGCCGCAGGCCUUGAAGUUGGGCACCGGAGUGGGGCGAGGUCGGCUGAUGGACGGCUCGUCCAUGCUGGGUACAUGGACGAACUUAGUCCUCAGCGACACGUCGAACUCCCACUCCGUCCGCAACCUCUCGGCCUCGCGGAUCAUCUCCUGCACACGAAAAUUGCAAACACACAGACGCACGCAUCGGCCAUGAGAACAGACGGACGAGCAAAGUGCUCUUUGCAUCCCUCCUCCCCCCUCGGUGCACCGGUGACGUACCUCCUCCUUGGCCCAGCAGGUGUCGCAAACCCACUCUCCGCGCUUCUGGCAGGCCCUGUGGGGCUGGCAGGGGCCUGCCGGCUGCGCCCGGCCGUCCUCUUGCGACCGAACAGGCCGCGGCCCUUCGGUGAGGGGGUCCGACGGCCGGCGACGCAGCGGGGCUUGCGCAAAUUGGCGAACGGGUUGAACCUCUCGACGGCCAUCUUGAAUGCGCUCAACAAACGACUGCCUCUCUUCUAAGCGCUCCUACUGGGAUGAGCAUGUCGAGGCAGCCCAACAGCUGCGGACGGCUUGGGUAGGGCUGCAGCAGACAGAAGGGGGCCGGGAUCUCAUUGAUGCCUGUGUGAACCACACACAGACAGACACACACACAGGGACAGACAGACAGACAGACAUGAACAGCUGCGUGCAGCUGUCGUGUGGGUGCAUAGCAUACCCUGCUUGUAGGAGCGGAUCUCUGUGUGGCGCUUGGCACAGUAGUGGGCCAACACAGCCUUGAGGUCGUCCUGGGUGUCCUCAGCCUGGAAGAGCGCGUAGUCCUGCCGAGUGCGGCGGACGUCCUCCGCCAUCAGCUGCGAACACAAACACAAACACACGAGUGGCCAGUCGACAGUGAAACAGCACGCACGAGGCAGCAUCCCUUCAGUUUCUUACGUCGGCGUCUACGGUUGGCAUUAUCUUCCAACCAGAGGUUCACCGAGGUGGCACCGAGAAGCCUUAGCCAGCCAUCGAUUAGAUUCUGUUUUUAGUUCCUUUGCCCGACUUGAAGCGUUUGACUUGAACCCUUUACCUCUUCUACAGAAGCCGGUGAAUAUAAAACGAGGGCACCUCUUGUUUGUUGUGGUCAUGGGUGUCCACAAAGCCGUCCGACAGCAGACAAACAGCUGCACACCAACAUAGAGAAGAAGAUGCACAUAAAGAUGUGUUCCUUCUGAAGCUGUGGUGAUUGAAUCGCUUACCAGUGGGCUGGUGGGUGGGCCGAAUCCAACGAAGGCCAAUUGCACGCUGACCGGCAGACAGGGGACCUGCAGGCAACGGACAGCACACAAACACACAAGGACUGCCAUCCACUUCGUCGGAAUCGCCCUUUGGCCCCCCCCCCCCCUUCCCACACGCCCACCACGCCCGUCCAGGACUCCUGCAGCAGGGUGGGGCAGCUCAUGGUGCUGUUUGUGCUGGUCUUGUUGGUAUGGGGUGGCGUAGGGGGGUUGAUGGGGCGGGAGUUGGCCGGGGUGGUGAAGUGGGGCACACUGAUGAUGGUCGGCUCAUCCAUAUCAUGGAAGUGGAUGAGCCGACCCUCAAAAUUCCAGCGCAGCUCCUGCGAUGCGCGGAUGGCCUCCUGCACACACACAUGCGCACACGGAUCGUGAGCACAAGCCACAGUCAGUGCAUUGGCUUCGAUUCCUUCCUCCCUCUCUCCCGGCACUCACGUCCUCUUUCGCCUCACACAACGCGCAAAUGGCAUCGCGGCCGCCCUUGUCCUGGAUGCACGCGAACAGCUCCCCUUCGCAAGGGCUGGCCCUGGCCGUCGUGGCAGCCGUGGUGGCCGCUGCAGCUGGCGGGGGCUUGCGGACGAAUGGGCCGCGGCGGCGUUUGAUCGUGGCGCCCUUCUUGCGGCCGGCGGUGGCGACACUCGCCGCGCGCAGCUUCUCGAUGAGCCUCUUGACAGACAACGUCAUUGCUGCUGCGAGG